AUGGCUGCAGUUUUUGCCCAUGCUAUAGUUAGUGGGCUGGACAAAACCUAUAAGAUAACUGUGGCAUUUCAGGCCCCUUGCAAUGCCUCGCAUGCCUUGAGUGCUCAAAAGCUGAGUUCAGCUAUUCAGAUUGCCAUCAGUACCGUUAAUUCAGACCCAUCUUACUUAGGUAACUUCACCUUGGAUUUUGUCUACGCUGAUUGUGGCUGUGAUGCCAAGAAGUCCCUUAAUGCUUUCAUUGACCAGGUCCAGAAGGAGAACGUGUCAGCCCUGUUUGGACCCGUUUGCUCGGAAGCAGCUGAGGUUACUGGCUUAUUGGCUUCUCAGUGGAACAUUCCCAUGUUUGCGUUUGGCCAGACUGCAAGGCUGGAUAAUACAUUUUUGUAUGACACCUAUGUCAAAGUGGUUUCCCCUCUACAAAGGAUAGGGGACGUCCUCCAUAAAAGUCUGGAAUAUUUUGGCUGGAAAUAUGUUGGUUUAUUUGGAACUUCAUCAGAUACCUCUACAUGGGAUAAAAUGGAUGAACUGUGGAUGUCUGUAGAAAAUGAACUCCGAGUCAAUAUCACCAUCACCGCUAAGGUUAGGUACAAUACAAAAGAGCCAAGUCUCCAUCAGGAACACCUCAAGUACAUAUCAUCUGUUGCCAGAAUUAUUGUUCUAAUCUGCAGCUCUGCAGAUGUCGGGCCGAUUAUGCUAGAGGCUAAACGGCUGGGAUUGCUAAAUGGGAAGUUUGUUUUCUUCAUUUUACAGCAGUUUGAAGUUGGCAUCGAUAACAGUUUUUUGGAAGAGGCACUGAGUGAUGAGAAGAACGGCAGCGGGCUGGAAAACUACCAGUCUGUAUUUGUGAUUGGCCUCCGCUCUUACGGGGGACGUGCAAUGUAUUUAGAUUUUGUGAAGCAAGUGUGGGAAAAACUGAAGGAGCAGCCUUUCUCCAGUUCACUAUCUUCAGAGGAAAAGGUGAGUCCUUAUGCUGCCUACCUGCACGAUGCAGUCCUGCUUUAUGCCUUGUCCGUGAAAGAAAUGUUAAAAGAGGGGAAGGAUAUCUGUGAUGGAAAAGCACUUGUCACCAUUUUGAAAGGCUACAAUAAAACCCGUUUGUACGGGGUUACUGGCCUGGUGUAUAUCGAUGAAUCAGGUGAGCGGUGCAUGGAUUACUCUGUCUACAAUCUGCAGAAAGCUGGGAACUCAUCGCGUUUUAUUCCCGUCCUUAAUUAUGAUGGCAAUAGAAAAACAAUCAGCCCAACAGAGGAAAUUACCAACAUCAGCUGGCUGGAUAAUUAUCCUCCUAAAGACAGACCAGACUGUGGAUUUUAUAAUGAACAGUGCAAAACUUCAGUUACAAAUGUGCCAGUGAUUGUUCUGAUUGCUGUCCUGCUGGUAACAACCUCAGGAGCUGCCAGCACUGUGGUGUUUCUAAAGAUCCAGAAAGGGAAGCUAGAAAAGCAAGUGGAUGACAUCUGGUGGAAAAUCAACUAUGAUGAUAUCAUUGUCCUUGGAGAUCAGAAGAGUCAUUUUGUAGUAUCGCAAACAAGCACACCAGUGCCUAGAGGAGAGGAAAGCGCUGAGUCCAGCUUGAUUUUUUCAAGGAAUCAGCCCUCAGUUUUGAAGGAUAGGAAAGAAGUCGUUUAUACAACAAGAGGUCUUUACCAGGGAAUUCUUGUUGCACUCAAAUACAUUGAUAACCAGACAGAUGCCUGGGUUAAGAACCAGUCAGUCCUUCAUGAGGUUCAAUUGGCCACUAACUACCAGCCUUUUGAAAGUGCCCAGCAUCAAGCAUCUGAUAUCUUCGGAAAAUCUGGCUACGAUGGAGUAUUAAGCCACUAUGUUUUAUCUUUCGUUUACCACGAGAUGCGUGAGCUGAGACAUGAGAAUCUGGUGACUUUCUUUGGCAUAUGCACUGAGGCUCCAAAUAUUUGUAUUGUUACCCAGUACUGCAAGAAAGGAAGCUUACAGGUAAAGCCUCCAGCAUUGUUUGCAACAACAACAGACUUAGUUUUUGCUUCUUUAAGAGAGCUGGCAAAAGAGCUCUUUGGAGCUCUUUUCCAGUCAGGUAGGGAUGUUUUGAGGAACUCUGAUAUUGAAUUGGAUUGGAUAUUCAAACUCUCUUUUGCCUAUGAUAUAGCCAAUGGAAUGCUAUUUAUUCACAGCAGCCCACUGAACUCGCAUGGAAACCUGAAACCUUCCAAUUGUUUGGUGGAUAAUGGCAUGCAAGUGAAGCUGUGUGGAUUUGGGUUGUGGGAAUUUAAGUACGGAAAGAAAUGCCAAGUAAUCACUGAGAAAACCACCAAAUAUGAUGAGCUCUACUGGACAGCUCCAGAACUUCUCAGGCUUGAGGAGUAUCCAUUCCAGGGGACCCAAAAGGGGGAUGUCUACAGUUUUGCUAUAAUUAUGAAAGAGCUGAUUAAUAACAAUGAGGAUGGCCCUUUUCACGACCUGGACCAGGAAGCAGAAGAGAUCAUCAAUAGAAUCAAGGAUCCUUCUACACACUUCCCUCUGCGGCCUUCUCUCUCAGGGGAGAAAUGCAGUGAAAGGAUCAGCUCAAUGGUGAGAGCUUGUUGGGAUGAAAACCCAGAGAGAAGACCAACGUUUUCCUCUGUGAAAAGAUUGUUAAGAGAAGCAAGCCCUGAAGGCCAUGUCAGUAUCUUGGACAACAUGGUGAAUAAACUGGAAAAGUAUGCCAAUCGCUUGGAGGAAGUCGUGGAAGAAAGGACAAACCAGCUGAUGGCAGAGAAGAGAAAGACGGACAAACUAUUGUCAUCACUGUUGCCUAGUUUCAUUGGAGAGCAGCUCAUUGCUGGGAAAUCAGUGGAGCCAGAGAGUUUUGAUUCUGUGACCAUCUGCUUCUCGGACAUUGUUGGGUUCACCAACUUGUGUUCUCUUAGCUCCCCCCUGCAAGUGGUCAGUCUUCUGAAUGACCUGUACAGCCUGUUUGAUAACAUUACUAAGACAUACGAUGUGUACAAGGUUGAAACCAUUGGAGAUGCCUAUAUGGUUGCCAGCGGCCUCCCCAUCCGCAAUGGGAUCAAGCACGUUGAGGAAAUUGCUACAUUGUCUUUGCACUUCCUCAGUGCAAUGAUCCCUUUCAAGAUAGGGCACAUGCCCGGAGAGAAGCUGAAGCUCCGUAUUGGCCUUAACACUGGCCCAGUUGUUGCAGGAGUGGUGGGAAUCACAAUGCCACGGUACUGCCUGUUUGGAGACACUGUUAAUAUGGCCUCAAGGAUGGAAAGUACCAGUUUGCCUUUUCGAAUCCAUGUGUCCAUGACCACUGCUAAUGCCCUGCAAUCCAUCGGAGGUUACAACUUGCAAGGAAGAGGCACCAUAAAAGUAAAGGGCAAAGGGCACCAACAAACCUUUUGGUUAAAAGGGAAAUCUGGGUUUAACGUGCCUCUACCAGAGUUCAGUGAUAACAUGGAGGGCAAUUUGCAGGGGCCUUUGCAGAUUCUCUGUGGGUCUGCAAAACCUUCAACACGAUCUGCGUUACUGUAAGGAACGUUGCAAAACCAAAAAAUCCCACAGAAAUGUCUUCUAAGGGGUACCUUUUUAGAAUAUGAAAUGAUCUGGAAUGAUUUCAUAGACUUCAUAGACAUUAGGGCUGGAAGGGACCUCGGAAGAUCAUCGAGUCCAGCCCCCUGCCCUAAGGGCAGGAAGUCAGCUGGGGUCAUAGGAUCCCAGCAAGAUAAGCAUCCAGUUUCAUCUUGAAGGUGUUCAAUGAAGGCGCUUGAACCACCUCCAGUGGCAGGCUUUAAUGACUUAAAUCCAUCUAUCUACUCUAAACCCAGCCUAGAAUAAUCUACCUAAGACUCUCUAUAGUAGUCUAUAAAAGCAAAAAACAAGUGUUUAGAUCGGAUACCAUCGUCUCUCAAGUCAACAUGGCAUAUUCUGCUUAUUACUUUAACCCAGGUUCUAGGAGGUUUCACUUUAAGUUAUUUAACCAUGUCAGCUCCUUUCAUCUGAUACUUUAAACCUGAAUAGAUUAAUAGUACCCUGAGUGAAGGAUAGAAUCUGAAAACUGUGAAUACACUGCAUGUAGUAUCAUCUGUGGUCCUCAGCAAUGAAUAAAUGUGCCAGGGAGUUUCAGUAGGAUGGUGACUUCGAUGUUUUAAUAGAGUAACUGCAGUGAUUUCUCUCCCUGUCAUUAGUUGAGUGUCAUGUUCCUGUGCUUUAUGUGGUAGAUUAACACUGAAAUGGUAAGGUAAGUUACUUUUCUUGCAAUAUGACAAACAGAAUAUGAUGUCACAACUAUGUCAGUAUGUAAAGGUCUCAGUCAGGCUACGAUUCACUGUCUUAAGCCCUGUGCAAGCACAUCAUUUACAGCAGCUCCUGCACUAAAGAAGUCAGUUCAAAACGAGAUGCAACAGGACUUGGAUACACGCAGCCUGGAUGGGAGGAGGAAGGAAACACAGAGGAAGGGAAAACGUAAUUGAUUGCUACGGCAUCGGUCACAAUAAUCUCAAAGAUGAAAUGAAAAAAAGGUGAAUACAUGAAAUGCCGGUUUGUAAAGGACAAUACUAAUGUGGGUAAUAACCGAGAUUCAGGGAGUGACUGUAUGCUUAUAAAAGAAUGAGAAAAGAAGAGAGAGAUUGGAGAGAGCAUUAGAAGGAAAAUAGAGCCUCAUGCUUCAGGGUGGAAGUGUAGCCUCUGACUACGGCAAAUUAACAUUAAAAUGUCAUACAGUGUUUAUCUCAGUGGCACACUGUGGGAAUAUUGGCACCUCUCUCUGAAGGAUCGGGACUGCUGGAAACAGGCUUGUGAUGCAGUGAUUCUUUUGUUUUUAUUUCUCUCGUGUUGUGGCUGUAUCGCAUGCAUAGAUGUAUGUAAACCGGGCACCUCUAUUAAUGGAGACCAAUAAAGAA